AUGGCACACAAUAGAUCAGUGACAAUAAAUAAUCUUGAUGAAGACACUCGGUUAGCAUUUGAAAAAUUUCUCAAACAUCAACAGACGAUAAAAUCUUCACCACCAGAGUAUACUCAAUCCUGUCGUCCUUCUUAUCAUGAUUUAAAUCCGACACCCCUUGGCUUAUGUGCAUUUGCUUUGACAACAUUUAUAGCGUCCAUGUAUCUUGCCGGUGCCACUGUCCCUGUUAAUGCUUCACUAGGCGUAGUGAAUGGUCCUGCUUUGUGUUAUGGCGGACUCGUUCAACUUUUAGCUGGACUUCUUGAAUUUCGCAAUGGAAACAAUUUACUUGGUCUUAUCUUUUCUUCUUAUGGAGGUUUUUGGCUCAGUUUUGCUUCACUUGGUAUAUCUGCUUUCAACUUCACUGGUGGUUACAAUGAUUCAAUCGCACUCGAAAAUGCUCUUGGUGUUUUUUUUCUCGCUUGGUUAAUUUAUACAACACUAAUGCUUCUCGCUGUUCUACGAACCAAUUUUGUUACAAUUGCUCUCUUUGUAUUUCUCAUUAUCUGUUUUAUUCUUCUUACAGCAAGCAAAUUUUUACAAGCUGAACGUAAUUUACAGCGUGCAGCGGGCGCAUUCGGUAUUCUUACUGCAUCAAUUGCUUGGUAUUCGGCUAUUGCACAUUUACUGAAUAAGAUGGAUUGGUUUUUCAAACUACCUUUGUUUGAAGUUUCAAGUUUGCCAUGUUACAAAAAUAAAUCCGCACAUACAUCACCAUAG